AUGGAGCUCGGUUCUCUGUUCGAAGUCACAGGCUGGGAUAUCGUCCUGAUCGCCCUGCUACUGGUGCUUGUUUACCGUUGGUGGUCGAGACGCGAGAAUCCAGAGCUCAUCCCGCCUAGCCCGCCUAAGUUGGAGCCUAUGCCAAUGCAAGACAUGACGCUCGAGGAUCUAUCAAAGUACAAUGGACGUGACGAACCUCGUAUUCUUCUCUCUGUCAACUAUAGCAUCUACGACGUCACUCGCGGCGCUAACUUCUACGGACCCGGUGGACCCUAUGCAGAUCUGGCCGGCCACGAUGCCACUCGCGCCCUCGCCGUUAUGGACCCGAAGGCUGUAUCCGCUGAAUGGGACGAACACGCGGACUUCACGCCAUCUCAAAAGGACAGCGCCAACGAAUGGGAAGAUUCCUUCAAGUACAAGUACGCUAAAGUGGGUCAGCUCGUGAAGUCAGAAGGCGACAAGAAGGAAUAUGCCGGCAAGAUGGCGGGAAUCAGCGCC